AUGGAGCACCAACCGGCCAUGACCUGGCCGGAGCAAAUCCAUGAGAAUCAGCUUAUCACGGCCCCCGGCGAAGAUGAAUUCUCCAACUUCCUCGAGUUCAAUAUGCAAUUUGCCGACUUGGACGGGCACGGAUCAGCACAGCAACAGAUGCAAGACCAGCAACAUUCCAUGGUGCCUCCCACCACGACAGCCCCCGACCAGUCCAUGGCUUCAGAUCCCCGGUCGCAUCCUCAGUUCGCAUCUCCAAUGGAAGGUCUCGCAAUGGAUUUCAAUGGCCACGGUGGUAUGCAGUCUUCCAUGCAGUCACAGCCGGGUCCUAUCCCGUACUCGACACCUUCGAUGACUCCGGGCUUUUGCGCCCAGGAUACCGCCCACCAUCACCAUCAGCAGCAGCACUCCAUGUCGCAACAACAGGGUCCUUCGGCGCAGCAAUACAUGCAGCAGGGCCAGCAUAUGAUUCCUCCCACCCCGAACAGCAUGGAGUUGCACGGCAAUGCCGCCCGGUACCCCCAGCGCGUGGAUGAUCACUCGGACAUGUACGAUCGCUACUCGCGCAUCAAUGAGGAACAGGCCUUAUAUACUCCUCUGGUGUCUCCCGCCAUGACUCCUCUGGAAAGCCAAUUCCGACUUCCUGAAUAUACCAUCCCCGGCGAAUACUUCACCCCUUUGACAUCGCCCGCGUUGGAAGCGCAAAAUCACUCCAGCAACAACUAUCAAUUUCAUGCGCGCCAGGUGUCGGAUGUGGGCUUCGUCCCCACCAAUGCGGAGGUCAACCCUCUUCCCGGUACUUCUGCUCCGCCUUCUCCCAGCAUCAUCCGCAAGACUCGCCGACGCACUUCAGUUGCUUCCUCUCGGCUGGCCGGGCGCACGAGUAAAACCCGUCAAUCCCCUCACAUUCGGGCACAGACAACGCAAUCGCAGCGCGCCCGGGGCAAACAACAUGCUCCCAGCUCGGAGGAUCUCUAUAAUAUGACCCAGGAGCUGAACAAACCGCCAAACCAUGAUGUGCGCCAACUCCAAGAAAGUAGCAAUGAGGGAUCAGGCCAGGAUUCAGUCUCCCCUGAACCUUUGCCCGACUCAUUGAUGCCACCUCCUGCCGUUCCUCCACCUCGCAAAUCUCCUGCCAUCCUUCCUCACCAGACCUCUCAGCAAUUACCGGGCACGGCCGCUACUCCGGCCACGCUUAUGCGCAUUCAGCGAUCCCAACAUGCACAGGAGCCUUCGGAUCAAAUAAUGGGUCAGGCCCAGUUGGAAGUUCCGGACGAGUUGAUGGAGGACAUUUCUCUCCCAGAGGCCGCCCAGCCGGCUCUACAGCCACGCCCUAAGAUGAAUCGCAUUGAUACCAGUAUGCGCAACACAGCCAGUCCGAUCAUUUCGGCCAAUGGAACCCCAUUGAUGGAGCCUCGGUCGACUCCGGCAGCGGAGCGUACCCCCAUUGCGCCCAGUCCGCGCACUAUCGCUAUGCCCUCGCCUAGUGGGCCGGUACCCAAGAGGUCUGAUCCAUCCCGACAGUCUAUAUCCAGUCGGAAGCGACCCAGUGUGAGCUCCACACACGCCAGUCCAUUGUUGCGUCCAAAGAUUAGCCCAAGCAUUCAGCCUCUGAUGCGAGGCGGUGACAGUUUGUCUCAAGAUGCGCUCUACUUGGCCUCCAAGUCCAAUUAUCAGCACAUUUUGGAUGGCACUCUGCCUUCUGGAGUCUCAUAUCCCGAAAACCUUGCCGAGAAUUUGAGUUCCAAGCGAACCAACCACAAGCUUGCCGAACAGGGCCGCCGAAACCGAAUCAACAAUGCUUUAAAGGAAAUCGAGUCCUUGAUUCCCCCAGAGUUUAUUCAGAUGCGACAAGCCAAGGAGGCCGCUGCCUCUGGAACCAAGCCAGGCGACAAGGAGAAGGAGAAACCAGCUAACCAGGCCAUCAGCAAGGCCAGUGCCGUGGAGAUGGCCAUUGACUAUAUCAAGGCCUUGAAGAAGACACUCGACGACACGGCAUCCAAAUUAGCCGAGGCUGAGGCCAAGCUUGCCGGUGUCAAUCUCAACGACACACCCACCAGUGCCUCACCUGCUGCUGCAGUGGCUGAGAAGACCUCUCCAACAACUACGACUACCAAUGCUACCACCACCAGCACCACCACCAACGGUACCGGUUCAGACUCCUCAACCAAGAGUCCAUCAUGA